AUGUCCAAACCUGCCAUUGUCAUCGUACCCGGUUCCUUCACCGGCCCAGAAUUCUAUGAUUCUCUCUCCUCCAUCCUCCAGAAGGAGCACGGCUUCGAAGUCAUCGUGGGCGCACUACAAUCCGCGAGUCGAUCCCCGCCUGAAAAGCCAGCUACACUACAAGAAGAUGCCGCCUAUUUCCGUGGCAUCGUUGAAGCCCUGUCCAGCCAGGGCAAAGACAUUGUCAUUGUUGGUCACUCAUUUGGCGGCGCUGUGGCAACGCAGAGCGUCAAAUCUGUCACCAAGCCGGAGCGUCAAGCAGCAGGAGCAGAUGCAGGCGGUGCUGUCAGGAUGGUGUAUCUGGCGUCUGUCUUGCCAGAUAUUGGACAGGCGCCUUUGGAGGCUAUGGGAGGUCAAUUAGGCCAGAAUAUCAAAAUAUUGGGAGACUUCAUGCAUAUCGACGCAGACGCCGCUGCCCCAGUCUUUUUCCCAGGACUGCCCUCAGAUGUGGCUUUGGAUCUGGCACGAAAACUCAAGUGCCAGUCAACCCUGAGUUUCCUUGAUCCGCCAAACUAUACGGCCGUCGACCAUGUUCCCGUCACUUAUAUCUACACUACCAAAGAUAAUAUCAUUCCAGUUGAAUACCAGCAGGUAUGGGUGGAAAAGUUGAAGCAGAGAAAUGCAAAGAAGGUCUCAACGGUGACUAUCGACGAACACCAUUACGCACCGACGUUGGCCCCAGAGGUAACAGCAAAAGCUAUUGUUGAAGCCAUUACCCAGGACUGA